AUGUCCCUGUCAAAUGUCCCGACAAAGUCCCUUUCAAAUGUCCCGACAAAACCCGCCGCGCUUCCCAACGUACCGGACCGCCAUCACUCUCUCCCAAUAGCCACACCGCCCCAAACCCCAACAAUCCACCUGUUUGACCAACAUCCACUUUUCCUACCCGCCGACCCAAUCCCGGAUCUCACCCCGGAGCCGCAUUAA